CUCAUCUAAAUUCAAUCGAGUAGGUCUAGUCUGAUAAGUAUUCUUUGUAGUUAAAAACUAAAACAUAAUAUUAUAAAAAUUUUUAUAUUUGCUGACCUUUGAAACGAUGGAUACACCAGAUAAGCGUUUUAAUUUUGCCUCUAUCGAUCAUUGACAGACUUCACUUAAACAGACAAGUGCGACUGAAACUUUUGGCCAUUCGACACCAGCAAUGAAAAGCAAUGAUCAAUUACUCUCAACUACAACAACAUCAUCGGGCUCAAUCUCAUCAUCUUCUAAUUCAUCUUCUAAUUCAACUGAAUUGAGAGCGAUAGAAAAAUUUUGUACAGAUCUAGACAAACUACCCGAUGUACCCGAAAUAGAUGCCUUCAAACGGGGCCAUCAAGUCGAAACCCUAUUGGAUAUGUUUGAGAACAAUUUCGGUGAACAAUAUUUAUAUAUAAAAUUCGAAAAUCUUGUAGAGCCCGAGUUAGUUCCACUAAACGUGGCCGUAAAGAAUGUGGGGCAUCUGUUACCACGUUUUUACAAAGACUAUCUCAAAGCAUGGAAUAAAUGGGAGGAACAAAAAGCGAAGAAUUAACUUUUAAAAUUUAAAUAUAAAA